AUCGCAAGUCUGCCAGUCUUCCCUAGAAAAGCCCCCAAGAAACAACUUCAGAUGACGUUAUUCGCUCAGUGGAUCAAGUGCGGGACUUAGCGUUCGUGAGACAAUCAAGCUUACACCGGAAAGCGGCUGUGGCCUGAUGUAAAAAGUAUUGUCAAUAUGAGACGCUUCCCCUUGCGCCAGCAUCCCGUAGUCAUGGUCAAGUCAUCCUUCCUCACGGCAGUGCUGGCACUCGCCUCUUCUGCUGCCGCCCAGUGCGGUUCCGGCACGCCCGACGCCAAGGUCACUGGAUCUGGAAGCUCUUUCGUGGCGACCAAGGGCUCCAGCCAGGUCUACUCCGGCUCCGACUACCGUGCUGCGAUCCAGGCCGCCGUCGACUCCAUCAGCAGCGGCCAGCGCGUCUCCGUCAUCGCCUCUGGCUCCAUCGGCGCCAAUACCAUCACCAUUCAGAGCGGCAAGACCUUCGAGGGCUGCGGAACCAUCAAUGUCGCCCUCCGAUCCGGCCGCGGCGCCAUCGAGGUCACCAACGCCUCGGGCGUCAAGAUCCCCUACCUCUCCAUGACCGGAAACCCGUACUUUGGUCUCCGCUUCUACGGCACGAAGGACCUCACCCUCGGCGCUAUCAACAUGAACCUCAGUGGCGGCAUCGGCAUCCGCUUCGACCGCGACCAGGCCGCCAACACCAAUGUCAAGAUGGGAGUCAUCACCGUCAACGGCGCCGGCAGCCACGCCGUCGAGACCUGGAACAUUGACGGCCUGACCAUUGACCAGGUCAUCGCCAAGAACUGCGGCGAGUCGGGACUGCUGCUCCAAAAGACGACCAACGCAAAGGUCGGCCUCGUCGAUGGCAACAACGUUGGUGCCGGCACCGGCUACGGGACCCUCCGCUUCGCCAACAACAAUGGCCAGCUCGCCAGCGGCGCCUACACCACGAACGUCUACGUCACAAAGGUUGUCUCCCGCGGCGGUGGUCGUGGCAUCUUCUGCGUCUCUCAGUCUGGCGGUGCCGAGAUUGGCAGCAUCGAUCUUGCUAAUAACGGAAACAACGCCAUCCUCAUUGAGAACUGCUACGGCGUCACCAUCAAGGGCGGUACCGUCAACGGUGGCGGUGAGGUCCGUCUCUCUGCCCGCUCUGAGUUCCCCAUCACCCGCGACAUCAGCAUCACCGCCAAGGUCGACGGUACCACCGUCCGCGAGUCUCCUUGCGGCACGAACAUCAAGUGGAACCUUUCCGGCAACGGCGCUCGCAACAUCUGCUAAGCGUGAACUUGUCAGUGGUGGAUGUUGCUCUGUGGACAUAGCGUGUUUUCCCUUUCGACAGUAC